AUGCUAUUAACGUAGUAGCGAGUAUGCUGCCUUUAAAACAGAUGGCAAGCGAGAGAUGUGCAAUAUACGCGGCAAAGCAAAACGGAUUGACUCCCCCUACAAAACGAGAACUUAGAGAACAAUCAAUACGUGAGUGGCAAAAGGAAUGGCAGGCAUCGGAUACAGGCACCUGGACGAAGAGACUUAUACCAGAUCUACAACCCUGGGUCACUAGAUCGUUUGGUACACUAAACUACCACUUAACACAACUAUUAACGGGACAUGGAUGUUUUGGAGAAAAUGCUGAACAUGCCUUUUUCGAUUGCGACCGGUGGUGGAAGUUACGAAGGGCGCUGGAGGUAAAAACUAACAAGGAUUUCACUCCUGAAACGGCAGUGAAGAGGAUGCUGGAGAGUAAAAAGAAUUGGGAUGAAGUCACCGGUUACGUGGUCCACGUACUGAAAACCAGGGAAGAAGACGAGAGACAAAGGAAACGACAUCAGCAACUUAUAGCAUAGUUUUAUUGAUGUAUUGUAGCCAAAGGCAAAUUUGAGGGGAUAGAGCCCCUCGUUCUUGUAAAUA